GACAUCAUCUCAACGGUUGAGUUUAACUAUUCUGGAGAACUACUAGCAACAGGAGACAAGGGAGGUCGAGUCGUCAUAUUCCAACGGGAACAAGAGGUCAGUUAACUAUCAAAUAGCCAUAAAUCAACAGACAAAACAAUGUUUUAAGACUAAAACACACCUUGAAAACAACAUUUAAGUCGGAUUCGACUUAAUGUAGCAAACAAUAUAGGCCUACUAAUAAUGAAUGAAUGGUUUUUGUUUAUUUCAGAGUAAAAACCGCCCUCACUCCAGAGGAGAGUACAAUGUGUACAGCACUUUCCAAAGCCAUGAACCGGAGUUUGACUAUUUGAAAAGUUUAGAAAUCGAGGAGAAAAUCAACAAAAUAAGAUGGUUACCCCAACAAAACGCUGCACACUCCCUGCUCUCAACAAACGGUAAGUCACAGGCUGGCUCUUUUCAUAUUUCUCAUUCCAUUAGGUCAGGGUGAUGAUGCUUCAGCACCACAGACAUUCCAAAGAAAUGCAUAUGUUGUGUGCAUUGAAUAUUGAACUCUCUAUAGUCUUUUUUACAGACUUGAAGGCCAAGGUGACUGUAAAUCUGUGCUAACACUUGACAUUUGCCAUUUUCACCCACAGACAAAACCAUCAAGCUAUGGAAAAUCAGUGAAAGGGACAAAAGAGCAGAGGGCUACAACUUGAAAGACGAGGAUGGAAGACUGAGAGAUCCUUUUAGAAUCACAUCAUUACGGGUAAUGUCUCCUCUCGUUCAUCACCGUUUACUUGGUAAUAGUUUUUGAAUGAUCCCGUUCCAGGGAAAUUAAAACCACACAAAGUGUUUUGGAGUGAAAAACACAUCGCACCCAAUGACGGUCUGAUAUUCAUCUGCCGUUCGUUAGGCGCAGUGUGUUUUUAGGGGUUGUUAGCCGUGCCAAGUACUCUUGGCCGGCAAACGAUACAUUUACAUGUACAUUUACGUCAUUUAGCAGACGCUCUUCUCCAGAGCGACUUACAGUUUGUGAGUGCAUACAUUAUUUUUACAUACUGGCCCCCCCGUGGGAAUCAAACCCACAACCCUGGCGUUGCAAACACCAUGCUCUAUCAACUGAGCUACAUCCCUGCCGGCCAUUCCCUCCCCUACCCUGGACGACGCUGGGCCAAUUGUGCGCCGCCCCAUGGGUCUCCCGGUCGCGGCCGGCUACGACAGAGCCUGGAAUCAAACCAGGAUCUCUAGUGGCACAGCUAGCACUGCGAUGCAGUGCCUUAGACCACUGCGCCACUCGGGAGACCAGUGUGUCUGUGCCUUUUUUAAACAGUGAUUAUGUCAUCCCUUCUGAUCCAUCUCACAUAUGAUUGAUUACCUGAUUAUAUGAUUGACAUAUUAUUGAUAUUAUUUGUUAGUACGAGAUUGACAUUUUAAAAGUAUAUAAUAUACAGUGCCUUCAGAAAGCACUCACAUCCCUUGAUUCCUUCCACACCCCGCCGUGCCGCAGGCCGAACCCAACACGGACCAAACUGGGAUCCCUUAGUUUAAUACAUAUUUUAUAUACAUAUUUUAAUAAAUCGCCGCCACUGUUAAAUUGUUGACGUCACACCCCAUAAAAUAUGGAACAUUAAAUAAUAUUUCUGCCAAGGCUCACUUUCAAGAUUCUAGAACUCUCUACAUUCACUUUUCCUCUGCCAACAAGACUGGUAAUGAACAGCAACUCAGACAACCCCAUAGUAAUAUAGAUUACAUUUACCUAGUCAACUCAGACAACCCCAUAGUAAUAUAGAUUACAUUUACCUAGUCAACUCAGACAACCCCAUAGUAAUAUAGAUUACAUUUACGUAGUCAACUCAGACAACCCCAUAGUAAUAUAGAUUACAUUUACCUAGUCAACUCAGACAACCCCAUAGUAAUAUAGAUUACAUUUACCUAGUCAACUCAGACAACCCCGUAGUAAUAUAGAUUACAUUUACCUGGUCAAAUCAGACAACCCCAUAGUAAUAUACAGUUGAAGUCGGAAGUUUACAUACACUUAGGUUGGGGUCAUUAACUCGAUUUUCAACCACUCCACAAAUUUCUUGUUAACAAACUAUAGUUUUGGCAAGUCGGUUAGGACAUAUACUUUGUGCAUGACACAAGUCAUUUUUCCAACAAUUGUUUACAGACAGAUUAUUUAACUUAUAAUUCACUGUAUCACAAUUCCAGUGGGUCAGAAGUUUGCAUACACUAAAUUGACUGUGCAUUUAAACAGCUUAGAAAAUUCCAGAAAAUGAUGUCAUGGCUUUAGAAGCUUCUGAUAGGCUAAUUGACAUCAUUUGAGUCAAUUGGAGGUGUACCUGUGGAUCUAUUUCAAGGCCUACCUUCAAACUCAGUGCCUCUUUGCUUGACAUCAUGGGAAAAUCAAAAGAAAUCAGCCAAGACCUCAGAAAAAUAAUUGUAGACCUCCACAAGGCUGGUUCAUCCUUGGGAGCAAUUUCCAAACGCCUGAAGGUACCACGUUCAUCUGUACAAACAAUAGUACGCAAGUAUAAACACCACGGGACCAUGCAGCCGUCAUACCGCUCAGGAAGGAGACGCGUUCUGUCUCCUAGAGAUGUACUUUGGUGCAAAAAGUACAAAUCAAUCCCAGAACAACAGCAAAGGACCUUGUGAAGAUGCUGGAGGAAACCGGUACAAAAGUAUCUAUAUCCACAGUAAAACGAGUCCUAUAUCGACAUAACCUGAAAGGCCGCUCAGCAAGGAAGAAGCCACUGCUCCAAAACCACCAUAAAAAAGCCAGACUACGGUUUGCAACUGCACAUGGAGACAAUGAUCGUACUUUUUGGAGAAAUGUCCUCUGGUCUGAUGAAACAAAAAUAGAACUGUUUGGCCAUAAUGACCAUUGUUAUGUUUGGAGGAAAAAGGGGGAUGCUUGCAAGCCGAAGAACACCAUCCCAGCCGUGAAGCACGGGGGUGGCAGCAUCAUGCUGUGGGGGUGCUUUGCUGCAGGAGGGACUGGUGCACUUCACAAAAUAGAUGGCAUCAUGAGGAAGGAAAAUGAUGUGGAUAUAUUGAAGCAACAUCUCAAGACAUCAGUCAGGAAGUGAAAGCUUGGUCGCAAAUGGGUCUUCCAAAUGGACAAUGACCCCAAGCUUACUUCCAAAGUUGUGGCAAAAUGGCUUAAGGACAACAAAGUCAAGGUAUUGGAGUGGCCAUCACAAAGCCCUGACCUCAAUCCUAUAGAACAUUUGUGGGCAGAACUGAAAAAGCGUGUGCGAGCAAGGAGGCCUACAAACCUGACUCGGUUACACCAGCUCUUGUCAGGAGGAAUGGGCCAAAAUUCACCCAACUUAUUGUGGGAAGCUUGUGGAAGGCUACCCGAAACGUUUGACCCAAGUUAAACAAUUUAAAGGCAAUGCUACCAAAUACUAAUUGAGUGUAUGUAAACUUCUGACCCACUGGGAAUGUGGUGAAAUAAAUAAAAGCUGAAAUAAAUCAUUCUCUCUACUAUUAUUCUGACAUUUUCACAUUCUUAAAAUGAAGUGGUGAUCCUAACUGACCUAAGACAGGGAAUUUUUACUAGAAUUAAAUGUCAGGGAUUGUGAAAAACUGAGUUUAAAUGUAUUUGGCUAAGGUGUAUGUAAACUUCCGACUUCAACUGUAGUUUACGUUUACCUAGUCAACCUGCCAUUGUGCGUUCUAUGCAAUAAAUACAUAUUCCUCUGGAGGCGCAUUCAAGUUGCGAGAAGCCACAGGGGGAGAAACAUGCGGUCAAUUUAAAAAUAAAUAAAUCUGCAAUUGGGGGAAUAACACUUUUGAAAGCAGUUUUGAUGGCCUUUGUUUAAAAAGGGGGUCCCAUCUCCCCACUGCUACUACAUGUUAGGGCUGGGAAUUGCCAGGGACCUCACGAUACGAUAUUAUCACCAUACUUAGGUACCUGGUAAAAUAUGGGUUGAAUAAAAUCAAAUAAAAAAGAUAUGUAAUUUGAUUCAAUAUUGCGAGUUUAUUGCGAUUUGGUGUUCCAAACAUACAGUAUUGAUCACGAUACACUCACGGAACACCAUCAUAAUAUUGAGUUUUCAACCUCUUUUGCCAUCAGGACAGCCUCAAUUUUGGGGGGGGGGCAUGGAUGACAAGGUGUCGAAAGCGUUCCACAGUGAUGUUGGCCCAUGUUGACUCCAAUGCUUCCCACAGUUGUGUCAAGUUGGCUUGGAUGUCCUUUGGGUGGUGGACCAUUCUUGAUACACACGGGAGACUGUUGAGCGUGAAAAACCCAGCAGCAUUGCAGUUCUUGACUCAAACCGGUGCGCCUGGUGCCUGCUACCAUACCCCGUUCAAAAGCACUUUAAUCUUUUGUUUUGCCCAGUCACCUUCUGAAUGGCACACAUACGCAAUCCAUGUCUCAAUUGUCUCAAGGCUUAAAAAUCCUUCUUUAACCUGUCUCCUCCCCUUCAUCUACACUGAUUUGAAGUGGAUUUAACAAGUGACAUCAAUAAGGGAUCAUAGCUUACACCUGGAUUCACCUGCUCAGUCUGUCAUGGAAAGAGCAGGUGUUCCUCUGGUUUUGUCCACUCAGUCUGUUGCAGAGGGAAAAGAGAGUCAGUCAUGGAAAUAAAAGUGCUGAAAACAUAUUGGCUCACUAUUUUUAAAAGAAGAUGGAGAACAAGCAAAAUCCAGUAGUUUUAGCGCAGGUACAGCCAACUAGCGCUAGCUAACGCUAUCUAGCAAAAAAAUGUGUGUGUGUGUAUAUAUAUAUAUAUCAAUAUAGAUAGUAAUAAGUAUUUGUAUUUGCAGGUCUCCCACUUAAAAAGAUUAGGGUCUGUAUUUUCAUCAUAGGUACACUCAACUUGAAGACAAAUCUCAGAAUAUCACAUUGUUGAUUUUUAAAAUUUAUUGCAUUAUGUUGAAAAUAAGUAUUGUCACCUCAAACAAGCAAGAAUUCGGCUCUCACAGAGUCUUCUUUAAAGCUCCUCUGUCCUCCACUACUGUAUUAAUGCACUGUUGACUGUUUCAUGUAUAAAGACACCGUCCCACACUCAAACACUCACCCUUCCACUAUGCCAGACCAAAGAGCUGUAAAGACACCAGAAAAUUGUAGACCUGACCAGGCUUGGAUCCAUGGGUAAGCAGUGGUUGAAGGCAACAACUGUUGGCGCAAUUAUUAGAAAAUGGAAGAAGUUCAAAAUGACGGUCAAUCAUACUCGGUCUGGGGCUCCAUGCAAGAUCUCACCUCGUGGGGCAUCAAUGAUCAUGAGGAAGGUGAGGGAUCAGCCCAGAACUACACGGCAGGACCUGGUCAAUGACCUGAAGAGAGCUGGGACCACAGUCUCAAAGAAAACCAUUAGUAGCACACUACGCCGUCAUGGAUUAAAAUCCUGCAGCGCACGCAAGGUCCCCCUGCUCAAGCCAGCACAUGUCCAGGCCCGUCUGAAGUUUGCCAAUGACCAUCUGGAUGUUCCAGAGGAGGAAUGGGAGAAGGUCAUGUGGUCUGAUGAGACAAAAAUAUAGCUUUUUGGUCUAAACUCCACUCGCCGUGUUUGGAGGAAAAAGAAGGAUGAGUACAACCCCAAGAACACCAUCCCAACCGUGAAGCAUAGAGGGGGAAACAUCAUUCUUUGGGGAUGCUUUUUUGCAAAGGGGACAGGAUGACUGCACCGUAUUGAGGGGAGGAUGGAUCGGGCCAUCCUCCCCUCAGAGAUCUGUGCCAACAACCUCUUUCCCUCAGUAAGAGCAUUGAAGAUGGGUCGUGGCUGGGUCUUCCAGCAUGACAACGACCUGAAACACACAGCCAGGGCAACUAAGGAGUGGCUCCGUAAGAAGCAUCUCAAGGUCCUGGAGUGGCCUAGCCAGUCUCCAGACCUGAACCCAAUAGAAAAUCUUUGGAGGGAGCUGAAAGUCCGUAUUGCCCAGCGACAGCCCCGAAACCUGAAGGAUCUGGAGAAGGUCUGUAUGGAAGAGUGGGCCAAAAUCCCUGCUGCAGUGUGUGCAAACCUGGUCAAGACCUACAGGAAACAUAUAUGAUCUCUGUAAUUGCAAACAAAGGUUUCUGUACCAAAUAUUAAGUCAUACAAUGUGAUUUUCAGGAUUUUUGUUUUAGAUUCCGUCUCUCACAGUUGAAGUGUACCUAUGAUAAAAAUUAUAUAUAUAUAUAUAUAUAUAUAUAUAUAUAUAUAUAUAUAUAUAUAUAUAUUUUUUUACAAAUAUAGAUUUUGAGUCAAAGUGGAGGGGGAAAAAGUAUUUAGUCAGCCACCAAUUGUGCAAGUUCUCCCACUUAAAAAGAUGAGAGAGGCCUGUAAUUUUCAUCAUAGGUACACGUCAACUAUGACAGACAAAUUGAGAAACAAUUUUUUCAGAAAAUCACAUUGUAGGAUUUUAAUGAAUUUAUUUGCAAAUUAUGGUGGAAAAUACUUUUUUUCCCCACUGUAAUAUCGGCCAAAAUAAUAAUGAGAUAUGUAACUAACUUCCCCCCCCCCGUCACUAAAACAUUUCUUUCUCAACUUCAAAAAAAAUGAGUGAACUGCACAGUUUUAAAACGUAGUAUAUCUUCAUAAUAAAGUAUGUUUUUCUUCUAGGUGCCUGUGUUGCUGCCAAUGGACCUGAUGGUGGAGGCUAGCCCAAGGAGGAUAUUCGCUAACGCACACACAUAUCACAUUAAUUCCAUUUCAGUAAAUAGUGAUCAUGAAACGUACCUUUCAGCAGAUGAUCUUAGGGUAAACCUAUGGCACUUAGAAAUUACAGAUAGAAGUUUUAGUAUCCUUUUUAAUCAGAAAAAUACGGAAAAUGUAUUUUUUUUUUAAAACAAUUUGAACAUUUGUUUGUGCCUGCCAGCGUGCACACGUGUCUACCUGUGUGUAUCUGUGAGUAUGUCUACCUGUGUGUAUCUGUGAGUAUGUCUACCUGUGUGUAUCUGUGAGUAUGUCUACCUGUGUGUAUCUGUGAGUAUGUCUACCUGUUGUGUAUCUGUGAGUAUGUCGACCUGUGUGUAUCUGUGAGUAUGUCGACCUGUGUGUAUCUGUGAGUAUGUCUACCUGUGUGUAUCUGUGAGUAUGUCUACCUGUGAGUAUCUGUGAGUAUGUCUACCUGUGUGUAUCUGUGAGUAUGUCGACCUGUGUGUAUCUGUGAGUAUGUCUACCUGUGUGUAUCUGUGAGUAUGUCUACCUGUGUGUAUCUGUGAGUAUGUCUACCUGUGUGUAUCUGUGAGUAUGUCUACCUGUGUGUAUCUGUGAGUAUGUCUACCUGCCCAUGUCUUGGUGCUCUUGUUCCUUGAUUGUGUCCCCACCCCCAGACAUUGUAGACAUUAAGCCUGCCAAUAUGGAGGAGCUGACAGAAGUCAUCACUGCUGCAGAGUGCCACCCACACCAGUGUAAUGUAUUUGUAUACAGCAGUAGCAAGGGGACCAUCCGCCUCUGUGACACGCGAGCUGCUGCCCUCUGUGAUAGGCAAAGCAAAUGUAAGUCAAUAAUAUUAUUGGUUAACACUUUACAUAGAAUAAUACACUGAACAGAAAAAUAUAAACGCGACAUUGCAACAAUUUCAGAUUUUACUGGGUUACAGUUCAUAUGAGGAAAUAAGUCAAUUGAAAUAAAUUCAUUAGGCCCUAAUCUAUGGAUUUCACAUGACUGGGAAUACAGAUAUGCAUCUGUUAGUCACAUAUACCUUUAAUUAAAAGGUAGGGGUGUGGAUCAGAAAACCAGUAUCUGAUGUGACCACCGUUUGCCUCAUGCAGCGCAACAUCUCCUUCACAUAGAGUUGAUCAGACUUGAUUGAGGCCUGUGGAAUGUUGUCCCACGCCUCUUCAAUGGCUGUGCGAAGUUUGCUGGAUGUUGGCGGGAACUGGAACACGCUGUCAUACACGUGGAUACAGAGCAUCCCAAACAUGCUCAAUGGGUGACAUGUCUGGUGAGUAUGCAGGCUAUUGAAGAACUGGGACAUUUUCAGCUUCCAGGAGUUGUGUACAGAUCAUUGCAACAUGGGGCUGUGCAUUAUCAUGCUGAAACAUGAGGUGAUGGCGGUGGAUGAAUGGCACGACAAUGGACCUCAGGAUCUUGUCACGGUAUCUCUGUGCAUUCAAAUUGCCAUCGACAAAAUGCAUUUGUGUUCGUUGUCUGUAGCUUAUGCCUGCCUAUACCAUAACCCCACCGCCACCAUGGGGCACUCUGUUCACAAAGUUGACAUCAGCAAAUCGCUCGCCCACACAACGCAUUAAACGUGGUCUGCAGUUGUGAGGCCGGUUGGACGUACUGCCAAAUUCUCAAAAAAACGACGGAGGUGGCUUAUGGUAGAGAAAUUAACAUUAAAUGAUCUGGCAACAGCUCUGGUGGACAUUCCUGCAGUCAGCAUGCCAAUUGCACGCUCCCUCAAAACUUGUGGGAUUGUUGUGACAAAACUGCACAUUUUAGAGUGGCCUUUUAUUGUCCCCAACACAAGGUGCACCUGUGUAAUGAUCAUGCUGUGUAAUCUUGGCAAAGGAGAAAUGCUCACUAACAGGGAUGUAAACACAUUUGUGUGAAUGAAAUAUUUCUGUGAUCUUUUAUUUCAGCUCAUGAAACAUGGGACCAAGAAUUUACAUGUUGCGUUUAUAUUUUUGUUCAGUGUAUAUGCCAUUUUUAUCCAUAGUGACUUACAGCCAUGCAUGUAUACGAAGUAGUGAACUUCCAUCCAGUUACUUGCAGGUGCAGGCAGGGUUCAAAAAGAAGGAUGGACACUGAAUGCUCCUGUCAUUUUUAUUGAGUGCAAUAAAUCUGGGAUCUCUCCACAAUGUAUUGGUUAUCUACAGUAUCUUCAACAUUAUUAUUAUUAUUAUUAUUAUUAUUAUUAUUAUUAUUAUAGCCCUGAUAAGAGAGGAGCAUCAGUGGUGCGCUUGCUUGUGUUCUGGGUCACAUACAGUGCAUUCGGAAAGUAUUCAGACCCCUUGACUUUUCCCCCAAAAAAAAUUACGUUACAGCCUUAUUCUAAAAUUGAUUCAAUUUGUUUUUUCCUCAUCAAUCUACACACAAUACCCCAUAAUGACAAGCAAAAAACAGAUUUUUAGAAAUGUUGGCAAAUUGUAUAAGAUAAACUGAAAUAUUACAUUUACAUAAUUAUUCAGACCCUUUACUCAGUACUUUGUUGAAGCACCUUUGGCAGCGAUUACAGCCUUGAGUCUUCUUGGUUAGGACGCUCCAAACUUGGCACACCUGUAUUUGGGGAGUUUCUCCCAUUCUUCUCUGCAGAUCCUUUUAAGCUCUGUCGGGUUGGAUGGGGAGCGUCGCUGCACAGCUAUUUUCAGGUCUCUCCAGAGAUGUUAGAUUGGGUUCAAGUCCGGGCUCUGGUUGGGCCACUCAAGGACAUUCAGAGACUUGUCACGAAGCCACUCCUGCGUUGUCUUGGCUGUGUGCUUAGGGUCGUUGUCCUGCUGGAAGGUGAACCUUCACCCCAGUCUGAGGUCCUGAGCGCUCAGGAGCAGGUUUUCAUCAAGGAGCUCUCUGUACUUUGCUCCGUUCAUCUUUCCGUCGAUCCUGACUAGUCUCCCAGACCCUGCCUCUGAGAAACAUCCCCACAGCAUGACGCUGCCACCACCAUGCUUCACCAUAGGGAUGAUGCCAGGUUUCCUCCGGACGUGAUACUUGGCAUUCAGACCAAAGAGUUUAAUCUUGGUUUCAUCAGACCAGAGAAUCUUGUUUCUCAUGGUCUUAGAGUAUUUAGGUGCCUUUUGUCAAACUCCAAGCAGGCUGUCAUGUGCCAGUUACUGAGGAGUGGCUUCCAUCUGGCCACUCUACCAUAAAGGCCUGAUUGGUGGAGCGCUGCAAAGAUGGUUGUCCUUCUGGAAGGUUCUCCCAUCUCCACAGAGGAACUCUGGAGCUCUGUCAGUGACCAUCGGGUUCUUGGUCACCUCCCUGACCAAGGCCCUUCUCCCCCGAUUGCUCAGUUUGGCCGGGCGGCCAGCUCUAGGAAGAGUCUUGGUAUUUCCAAACUUCUUCGAUUUAAGAAUGAUGGAGGCCACUGUGUUCUUGGGGACCUUCAAUGCUGCAGAAAUGUUUAGGUACCCUUCCCCAGAUCUGUGCCUCAACUCAAACCUGCCUAGAGUCUCAUACGGUGAUGGAAAAAGUGCUCAAUUGUCAUACUUGAGUAAAAGUAAAGAUACCUUAAUAGAAAACGACUCAAGUAAAAGUGAAAGUCACCCAGUAAAAUACUACUUGAGAAAAAGUCUAAAAAUAUUUGGUUUUAAAUAUACUUAAGUAUCAAAAGUUAAUGGAAUUGCUAAAAUGUACUUAAGUAUCAAAAGUAAAAGUCUAACUCAUUUCAAAUUCCUUAUAUUAAGCAAAACAGACGGCACAAUUUUCUUGUAUUUUUUUUUUAUUGACAGAUAGCCGGGGGCACACUCAAACACUCAGACAUAAUUUACAGACAAAGCAUUUGUGUUUAGUGAGUCCGCCAGAUCAGAUGCAGUAGGGAAUCUAGUGAAGUAAAAGUUCCCAAAAAUAUAAAUAGUAAGAUAUUCCCAAAAAAACGACCUAAGUAGUACUUUAAAGUAUUUUUACUUAAGUACUUUACACCACUGGUCUCAUAGCAAAAGGUCUGAAUACUUAUGUAAAUAAGGUAUUUCUGUUUAUUUUUAAUACAUUUUCUAAAAUUUCUAAAACCUGUGUUUGCUUUGUCAUUAUGGGUUAUUGUGUGUAGAUUGAUGAGGGAAAAAAUUGUUUUAAUCCAUUUUAGAAUAAGGUAACAAAAUGGAAAAAGUCAAAGGGGUCUGAAUACUUUCCGAAUGCACUGUGUAUAGCUGAAGAACGCUACACUGUUCUCUUAUAUCCAGGCAGAGAUGAGUUUUGAAAACUGGUCGCUGGAUUUGCUAUUCUUGUAAAAAUUGCAAUUCUGAAAAGGUUUACUUGUAUCUAUGCUUGUCCUGUACAACUGCGGCCCUUCCGCAGGGUGCUGAAAUUCAUACUUUUAAUAAAAACUUGUAGCGAAUACAACCACCGACUGUUUCCUCAUUACUACGUCAACUGAGAUUAAAUUGGGUCCGUGCUAUCCGGCAUCCUUGGGACAUCCAUACCCCAUUUUGAAGUUGACAUUUUAAAUGGUUAAGGUAAGGUUUAGGGUAUGGACGUCCCAAGGAUAGGAGAUAGCACGGACCCAAUUGAAACUCAGCUUAUGUAGUAAGAGCGAUGAGGGAAAAGUCGGUGGUUGUAUUCGCUAAAAGUAUGAAUUUCAGCACCCUGCGGAAGGGCCACAGUUGUACAGGACAAGCAUAGGUAGAGCUAAUCGUUUUCCAAAUUGCCAUUUUUACAAGAAUCGACUGAUGGUGGCUCAAUGUUGUUGCUAGCAAAUCCCGCGACCAGUUAUCAAAACUCAACUCCGCCUCGAUAUGAAAGCACGGAGUUGAGCGUUCCUCGACUAAGUCAGAUCAUGUGUUUUCACAUACAAGCUGUUUUACUCUGUUUUCACAAUAGUCUCCCUCUGUUUAAUGUCAGCAGGUGAUGAUGAUGUAACAAACAGAAUGAUGUAAUCCGUCUAGUGCCCUCUCAGCUCUUCGGGAUAGUGGGACAACUGUCAAGGAAUAUAGGCUUUGUUUCGGCUGAUAGAGCUUUCAUCGUUUAGUUAUAGACUAGGGUUGUAUAAUGCGUUAUGAUGCAGUUACAAUGAGUUGUAAGACUUGUCAUAAGCAUGAAUGAUUCCUCUAUAACGUCUUAUUAAUUAUCACGUAAUGAUCCUUCAGUUGAACGACAGUGAGGCUCAUACGUGGUUAUAUAACAAGUUAUAAAGCAUUAUACCUGCAGGCUUUAGGUAAAGUGUAACCUGUCUUCUAGGAGAUGGAUGUAGGCCUGUUUUUGAUGCUCGUGUCGUCCUGUAUGGCUUUAGGGAAAGUGUAACCUGUCUUCUAGGAGAUAGAUGUAGGCCUGUUUUUGAUGCUCGUGUCGUUCUGUAUGGCUUUAGGGAAAGUGUAACCUGUCUUCUAGGAGAUAGAUGUAGGCCUGUUUUUGAUGCUCGUGUCGUCCUGUAUGGCUUUAGGGAAAGUGUAACCUGUCUUCUAGGAGAUGGAUGUAGGCCUGUUUUUGAUGCUCGUGUCGUUCCUGUAUGGCUUCAGUUGGUAGAGCAUCAAAUCACAUUUUAUUUAUCACGUGCGCCGAAUACAACCGGUGUAGACCUUACCGUGAAAUGCUUACUUACAAAGCCCUUAACCAACAAUGCAGUUUUAAGAAAAAUACGAGAGAAGGAAAAAAUAUUUACUAAAUAAACUAAAGUAAAAAAUAAAAGACCAACAAUAAAAUAACAAUAACGAGGCUAUAUACAGGGGGUACCGGUACCGAGUCAAUGUGCGGGGGGUACAGGUUAGUCGAGGUAAUUGAGGUAAUAUGUACAUGUAGGUAGGGGUAAAGUGACUAUGCAUAGAUAAUAAACAGCGAGUAGCAGCAGCGUACAAAAAAGAAAGAGGGGGGGGGUCAAUGCAAAUAGUCUGGGUAGCCAUGAUUAACUGUUCAGCAGUCUUAUGGCUUGGGGGUAGAAACCUUUUGGACCUAGACUUGGCGCUCCGGUACCAUUUGUCGUGUGGUAGCAGAGCGACCAGUCUAUGACUAGGGUGGCUGGAGUCUUUGGCAAUUUGUAGGGCCUUCCUCUGACACCGCUUGGUAUAGAGGUCCUGGAUGGCAGGAAGCUUGGCCCCAGUGAUGUACUGGGCCGUACGCACUACCCUCUGUAGCGCCUUGCGGUUGGAGGCCGAGCAGUUGCCAUACCAGGCGGUGAUGCAACCAGUCAGGAUGCUCUCGAUGGUGCAGCUGUAUAACUUUUUGAGGAUGGUGCUUGAAAUGCCAGGAUUGUGGGUUUGAUUGAAAUGCCAGGAUUGUGGGUUUGAUUACCAGGGCCACCCAUACAAUAAAAUGUAUGCAUGCAUGACUAAGUCACUUUUAGAUAAAAGCAUCUGCUAAAUGGCCUAUAUGAGAUAUAUCAUUAUUUUAGUGUUUCGUUAACAUUUUGAACUGGUUUGGAAUGGUUUAUUUAUUUGUUUACCAGUCUUCGAGGAGCCAGAGGACCCUAGCAGCCGGUCCUUCUUCUCAGAGAUCAUCUCGUCAAUAUCUGAUGUGAAGUUCAGCCACAGCGGCCGCUACAUGAUGACCAGAGACUACCUGUCAGUCAAGGUGUGGGAUCUGAACAUGGAAAACCGGCCUGUGGAGACCUACCAGGUACUGACUGGAACAUUACCUGUAGAGACCUGCCAGGUACUGACUGGAACAUUACCUGUAGAGACCUGCCAGGUACUGACUGGUACUUUACCUGUAGAGACCUGCCAGGUACUGACUGGAACGUUACCUGUAGAGACCUGCCAGGUACUGACUGGAACUUUACCUGUAGAGACCUGCCAGGUACUGACUGGAGCUUUACCUGUAGAGACCUGCCAGGUACUGACUGGAACUUUACCUGUAGAGACCUGCCAGGUACUGACUGGAACUUUACCUGUAGAGACCUGCCAGGUACUGACUGGAGCUUUACCUGUAGAGACCUGCCAGGUACUGACUGGAACAUUACCUGUAGAGACCUGCCAGGUACUGACUGGAGCAUUACCUGUAGAGACCUGCCAGGUACUGACUGGAACAUUACCUGUAGAGACCUGCCAGGUACUGACUGGAGCAUUACCUGUAGAGACCUGCCAGGUACUGACUGGAGCUUUAGCUACAUUCCUCUGGCUAUGGAGCAGUAUGUUGUGUAGUAGUAUGUUACUACUAGUCAGCCGUUUUUUAUCACAUUUGAAUGAAUUGCAGUGGUAUGAAAACAGCCAGAAACUAUAUGUAUUUGUUAUUUUGUUAAAUCUUUUAAAUUCUUGUCUCAAGAAUGAAAGACAAAAUUCCUCUAAAAGGCCAAAUAAAUGAAUGGAAUUGAUCUGUACUGUUGUUUUUAAUGUGUUAUUUGGUAUAGGUGCAUGAAUACCUCCGCAGCAAGCUCUGCUCGCUGUACGAAAACGACUGCAUCUUCGACAAGUUUGAGUGCUGCUGGAGUGGUUCUGACAGGUACGGCAAGCCAAUGGACAUAGGACUUCAGAAUCAGGUUGAAAGUUAUGUACUGUCUCAUAAAUGGACCCACAAUAUUUACAUUUACGUCAUUUAGCAGACGCUCUUAUCCAGAGCGACUUACAAAUUGGUGCAUUCACCUUAUGAUAGCCAGUGGAAUAACCACAUUACAAUUAUUAUUAUUUGUAAUUUAAAUGUAAUUGUUUAUUUUUAUAGUUUUUGUUUAAAAAAAAAUAAUACAAUACACAAAUUAAACACCUGCGUUACAAUCAGUCACAGUAUAUAUAUAUGGACAAAGCCAUGGAUCAUGUGACACCAUUUGUUACUAUGUGAAGACUCGACAGCGCAUUGAAGCCAAGUAGUCAGUUAAGACGGCAUCUCAUGGAGAUAUAACUUUUGCAGUUUGAGCUACGCCAGGAAGUGAUGUUGCAGGCUAGCUCAGUGCUUCCCCCUCUCAGUGAGUAACUAGUUGAAGGCUGCCAUUAACAACUAAAUUAUCCUUAACUUCUGUGUGUGAUUUAUUUAAAUAAUCGGUUCAAGGACAUACAUCUGGUGUAUUAGAAGCAAUUAUUGGUACCAUAAUUGUCUUCUAAACAUUUUAUUUACACCAAGAUUGACCACAAAGAUUGAUAGUUUUCCAUUCAUAUUGGGGGAUCAUGUUUUCUGCUAACAAUGCCUGCAGUACCACAGUCGGCCUUGAACCUCUGUGGCUUCAAUGAGAGGGGGCAGUCGUUCUCACCUGAUUACAAUUCACACCUGCAAUCGACUUCGAGCCAUGAUGACUUUACAACAUUACUCUUCUAGAACCAUGAUGACUUUACCACAUUACUCUUCUAGAACCAUGAUGACUUUACAACAUUACUCUUCUAGAACCAUGAUGACUUUACAACAUUACUCUUCUAGAACCAUGAUGACUUUACAACAUUACUCUUCUAGAACCAUGAUGACUUUACAACAUUACUCUUCUAGAACCAUGAUGACUUUACAACAUUACUCUUCUAGAACCAUGACGACUUUACAUUACUCUUACCCCUUUGAUGGUUUUCUUCCUUUACACUAGAUAAAUAAAUGCAAUAUAACUUUAUACGAGCGAAGGUGAACCUUUGCCCCAGUCUGAGGUCCUGAGCGCUCUGGAGCAGGUUUUCAUAAAGGAUCUCUCUGUACUUUGCUCCGUUCAUCUUUCCCUCGAUCCUGACUAGUCUCCCAGUCCCUGCCACUGAAAAACAUCCCCACAGCAUGAUGCUGCCACCACCACCAUGCUUCACCAUAGGGAUGGUGUCAGGUUUCCUCCAGACGUGAUGCUUGGCAUUCAGGCCAAAGAGUUCAAUCUUGGUUUUAUCAGACAAGAGAAUCUUGUUUUAGAAUUCUUUAGAGGCCCUUCUCCCCCGAUUGCUCAGUUUGGCUGGGCGGCAAGCCUUGGGAAGAGUCUUGGUGGUUCCAAACAUCUGUGUUCUUCAAUGCUGCAGAAAUGUUUUGGUACCCUUCCCCAGAUCUGUGCCUCGACACAAUCCUGUCUCUGAGCUCUAGGGACAAUUCCUUCGACCUCAUGUCUUGAGUUUUGCUCUGACAUGCACUGUCAACUGUGGGACCUUUAUAUAGACAGGUGUGUGCCUUUCCAAAUCAUGUCCAAUCAAUUGAAUUUACCACAGGUGGACUCCAAUCAAGUUGUAGAAACAUCUCAAGGAUGAUCAAUGGAAACAGGAUGCAUCUGAGCUCAAUUUCGAGUCUCAUAGCAAAGGGUCUGAAUACUUAUGUAAAUAAGUUAUAUCUGUUUUUUAUUUUAAUACAUUUGCCAAAAUGUCUACAAACCUGUUUUCCCUUUGUCAUUAUGGGGUAUUGUGUGUAGAUUGAUUGAGGCGGAAAAAAUAAUUUAAUCAAUUUUAGAAUAAGGCUGUAAUGUAACAAAAUGUGGAAAAAGUCAAGGGGUCUGAAUAGUUUCCCAAUGCACUGUAAGUCUAAUAAUUAUACAUGGUAUUUAUAUAGAGCUUUUCAAGGACCCGAAGUCACUUUACAAUUGUCUACAUUUUUGGGAUUCACCUUGUUUUGCUGUUCCUCCUCCCCAGUGCCAUCAUGACGGGCUCGUACAACAACUUCUUCCGGAUGUUUGACCGGAACACGCGGAGGGACGUCACGCUGGAGGCCUCUAGAGAGAACAGUAAACCUCGGGCCAUCCUGAAGCCCCGCAAGGUGUCCACCGGGGGAAAGAGGAAGAAGGAUGAGAUCAGCGUAGACAGUCUGGACUUCAACAAGAAGAUCCUGCACACCGCCUGGCACCCAAAGGAGAACGUCAUCGCUGUCGCCGCCACCAACAACCUCUACAUAUUCCAGGACAAGAUCAAC